AAUAUCGACAUCCAACGACAAAUGGUCACUCUUUUAGAACAAAUCAAUGAUGAAAAGUAUGAUAAGACACCAAGUGACAUCAAAGAAGCUAUUAAUGAAUCAAUUAAAAAAACUCUCAACGGUGUUAUGAGCACUAAAGAGAUCAUGGAUUAUUCAAAGACACUACUUAAUAAUCUUCAACUCAAUCAUAACGAAGAUCUCAAACAAAUGCUUGGAACUGCAGUUGAACAUAACCUACUAUCAGAAGGAGAGUUUAAUUGUAUUGAUACAUUGAUUAAGUUAUCACCAUAG